UGGCUCCACCAUCAUCUCCAUCAAUUUCUUUCGCCUGUUCCGUGUGAUGCGACUGGUGAAGUUGCUGAGCAGAGGCGAGGGCAUCAGAACGCUGCUAUGGACUUUUAUCAAGUCCUUCCAAGCUCUGCCAUACGUAGCUCUGUUGAUUAUAAUGCUGUUUUUUAUUUACGCUGUGAUAGGCAUGCAGGAAAAUCUGUUUGUCCAGGUAUUCGGAAAAAUUGCAAUCGACGACGACACGUCGAUAAACCGGAACAACAAUUUUCAAUCAUUUCCGCAAGCGGUGUUGGUCCUGUUUCGAUCGGCUACAGGCGAAGCUUGGCAGGAAAUAAUGAUGGACUGUUCGGCGCAGCCUGGCAAAGUGAAAUGCGAUCCGUACAGCGACGAAGCAAAGAAUUCAACUGGUUGCGGAUCCGACAUUGCAUUUCCCUACUUUAUAUCUUUCUACGUUUUAUGCUCGUUCCUCAUCAUCAAUCUAUUCGUCGCUGUGAUCAUGGACAAUUUCGAUUAUCUGACGAGGGAUUGGUCGAUCCUUGGUCCUCACCAUUUGGACGAGUUUAUACGUCUGUGGUCUGAGUACGACCCUGACGCGAAAGGUCGUAUCAAGCAUCUGGACGUGGUGACUCUUCUGCGAAAGAUCUCGCCGCCGUUGGGCUUCGGUAAACUCUGUCCCCAUCGUGUCGCGUGUAAAGUUGGUACCUCUUCUUCUUCCUCCCCAUGUUUCCCCGUCAGGUGCACCAACGUUCCGCUC